ACCGUCGCACAGUCACAAUGAGUUUCUUGAUCUACGCUUUUCUAAUCGCCUCGAUUUCUAGCAACAUAUUAAAUUGCGAUACGGCAGUCACCACGAAGAACCAUGAAAAUCAAACACCGAAAACCCCGACUCUAUGGAAGGGUUUGCCAUCGCCAAGGCAAAGUACGUUGAAAAUAGAAGAAUUAAACAAACCCAUCGAUGGGAGCGCGAACUCUCCGAUAAGAAAGAGUAAAAUCUUAGGGAGUUUGGCAUUUUUAGCCGGUUUGAGUGUCGCCGGUUUAACGGGUCCAGUGAAAACGUACGCUAAGCCUCUGCCUGUGACUUUAAAUUUCGAUGCAUCUCGAGUUUCACCGCAUAUUGCUCCGAUUUACGGCCCUUACCCGUACGUGCCGCAUCCGUAUAUCUUUACCACUCCGUUUGGAUUAUAUACCCUGUUAAGCCCCGUUAAUUUACAACCAAUCGCCGGUUUGCAAAACGACGUGCAAUCGCUGGCGCAGCAAGAACAGAUACUGAAUUUGCUCGGGAACAAAAAGCCGGUCGACUUGUUGAACAACAAUGACGAAUAUACAGAAGAGGCCAAGAGGGUUGAGAAUCUGAAAACUUCGAACACCGCUCAAGUGGAGGCUGGCGGAGCUGUAGAAUUUGAAGACGACCGGCACGCGGAAGAGAAGAUGUUUAAAGCAGCCAGUUCCUGUAACGAGCAAAAGGAAUUAAGGAGAAAACAAGAUAAAUUAUCGGAGUACAACGCCGAUGAUAGCUCUAAUAUCGGCUCGCAACUAUUCGACAUUUUUCGCAGUCCAAAUAAAACGAAGCAGCUCAAGGGCGAGGCUGCCACCAAUGUUUCGAAUACGAGAAACGAUACGAACACACCCCCUCUAAUGAUCAAUGGAACUACGACGAAUAACAACACCAAUAACCAAACAACAAGUCCGCCGUUUUAUGGUUAUUACUCUGGAUAUCCACAAGAUAUACAUCACGUCGAGUUUACUACCGAAACGAACAACUACAAGUAUCAUAAUUACGAUCACCUUAAUUACAAUUUACCGUCGUACGAUAAGCCGGAGAACUUUUACUCAGACGAAAGGUACAAUUAUUAUUUUAAUCCGCCUCCAGACGCUUCUGCCACCAACGAAUUCCCUCGAGAACAAAUACCUGAAUAUCUUCCUCACGAUUUCAAUAGAUACAUGUACACGUCGUACAACGCACCGCCAAUUCCUAAUAAUGGUUUUAGACCUGUCGCGUAGAUCAUGUAUUGUAAUAAGAUGCUUUUCAUACAUUUCAAAAGAAAUUUUUUGUUACUAAUGCAAGAUUAAAAUUAAAAUUUAAUAAACUUGUCGCGCCAAAUGCACAUUUAACACUUGAA